GUUUAUAAUAACGGAGCUGAACUGAACUCAAGUGUAACAUUAUUUACACUGCGGGGAAACUUGACACACGUCCAAGUAACGUCUGCUACUACUGCUAAAUCGGACACACAGCAUUUAAAAAGAUGGCUGAAGGCAGAGGUAACCGGCAUCACCCUCGUAAUCUGCAAGGUGUUCUUCAGAUGGCAGUGGAGGCCGGUUCUGCUUCUGACGGUCCAUCUCCGCUAGAACCCAUGACACAAGAGAGGAUGGAUUUUCUGCGAGGAGCUCUUUCUGAAGUGUGUAAAGGACAAAUGGAUGAGGUCGAGCAGAUGAAGCGGUGUUUGGAGGUGCUGAAAACUGAUGGAUGCAAGGACAGAGAAGUCGAAGGAGAGGAGGAGGAGGAGCAGGAGGACGACGAGCGGGAAGAAGCGCUGGAAAUGCUUUCUGAGCUUUGCGAAAACCUGGACAAUGCAAGAGAUCUGAUGAAGCUGGGUGGUCUGGAUCUGUGUUUGUCACGGUGUCUCUGUCACACAGAGGCAGGCAUUCGCUGGAGAGCAGCUCAGCUUAUCGCCAGCUCGGCCCAGAAUAUGCCGGAGGUGCAGUUCUACCUGCUUAACCAGGGGGCGCUGCUAACCCUCCUGCAGCUCGCAGAUAAUGACCCACACAGCACAGUCAGGGUUAAAGCACUCUACGCCGUGUCCUGUUUAGUGCGUGAACAGGAAGCUGGACUGAAGGACUUCCUUUCACAUGACGGCUUUUCAGUGCUGAUGAGGGGGAUGCAGUCAGACAGUGAGAAGCUGAGAACUAAAUCAGCGUUUCUUCUUCUAAACCUUUUGAACAGUCAUCCAGAACACAAAGAUACAGUGUUGUCUAUGGGAAUGGUCCAGCAGCUGGUGUCUGUUCUCCGCUCUCCUCAUUCCUCUGUUCACGAACAUGUGCUUGGCGCCCUCUGCUGUCUAGUGGAGGACUCUCCCCGUGGCAUGAGCGACUGCAGAGAUCCAUCGCUGGGCUUGGAGGAACUGCUCAAACAGAGAGUGCAGGAUCUAAGGGGCCAAGAGGAGAGCCUGGAGGAACUGGAGUUUUGUGAACGUUUGCGAGCGGUUUGUUUUCCGGGACAAACGCAAGAGGAUAAUGCCAUGGAUCGCUGACCAUCUGAUUGCUGAUUCAACGAAUAACAGCAACACCCAGUUUGUAUUCCUUCUCUGUUUAAGAGAGAAACCAAAACAAUAGGAAUAAUACUGUUAAAAAGAUCAACGUGAAAGAGACUUUUAACUCUGAGUUUUCAGAGAUGAGUUUAGCUGUGUGUGUGUGUGUGUGUGCGUGCGUGCGUGUUCAUGUACUGGACACAAACACUCGUGUGUAAUGAUGAUGAACAUGUACAUUUAUUUAUAAUAUCUUUGUUCGUUAUUAUAAAUGUUCUGUUAUAUGGUCAACUUUCGAAACAUUCUUAAAGGGACAGUACUCUCAAAAAUGACAGUCCUGUCAUUUGUUCUCACUUAACUCUUGAGUUUCCUCUGUUGAACAUAAAAAAAGAUAUUUUAAUUCAUCCGGUGACUUCCAUUGUAAUUUGUUGUCCUACUAUGUAAGUCAGUGGGUACCAGCAUUCUUCAAACUAUCUUAUUUUGCAUUCAAGAAAGAAGAAAGAAGUUCAUCAAGAUUUAAAACCACAUAAUAGAAAGUAAAUAAUGAGAUAUUUGACAUUUUUGGGUGAACUAUCUCUUGGUCAAUCACACAAAUACAAAGCCAUAAUGUAGAACUGCACAUUAUUAUUAUAGACAAUAAUUUAAAAUAAACACAUUCAGACCUGUGUUUAAACA